AUGAGCUUCACCACAUCAUUCAGCCCUCUGGUAUCCUCUCACCCGAAUCAUCUGCAACAUCUACUUCCACCCGCGACCCGAUCCGAAUAUCGACAGUUUCUCAAAGACCCGGUUUGGUUCCAAAGACAACCGGGACAUCCUGACUCCCUCCUCAGUGCGAUAAACCCACACGAACAUGCACAUAUGCGCAAGCUCCUCUCACCAGCCUUUACACCCCGUGCGCUCCGCGCGCAAAAGCCGGUGCUGCAAAAAUAUAUGAAUCUUCUGGUUGAUCGACUUCGAGAACAGGUCCAGCACGGUGACGGAGUUGCGGGAAUUGAUAUGGGUCCGUGGUUUAACUGUACGACCUUUGAUGUAUUUGGAGAUCUGGGAUUCGGAGAGUCCUUUGACUGUCUGCGGCACUGUCAGUACCAUCCGUGGAUUGCGCUACUUUUCAGUAACGUCAAGGCCGCCUCAUUUGUCGCUGCCGCGCGGUAUUAUCCGCUGGUCGAGUCGCUUCUGAUGAAGUGCAUCCCUCGAUCGUUGCAGCAGAAGAGUGAGCGACAUUACCAGCAGAUUACGACUGCUACUGUUCUUACCGGAAUUCUGAGCUUCCUGGUCAAUGAACCUGGGAAGAUGGCUCAGCUGGUGAAUGAAGUGCGUCACGCCUUCUCAAGCAGCAAGGAUGUGACUCUGCAGGCUGUGGCCAAUUUGGUCCAUCUCAACGCCGUAAUCCAGGAGGGCCUGCGACUAUGUCCACCCGUGCCAUGGAUGCUUCCUCGCCUUGUCCCAGAAGAAGGCAGUUCAGUGUGUGGAACAUGGCUUCCCCAGGAGAGCCCUGUCUCCCUCCAAGCCUACAGCCUCAACCGCGACCCCUCCAAUUUCCACGAGGCUACUACGCUCCUCCCCGAGCGAUGGCUCCCCGACGCAUCAACGAACGCGGACCCGCCCUUCUUUCAUGACAACCGUCGCGCCAUUCAGCCGUUCAGCAUUGAUCCGAGGUCCUGUCUGGGUCAGCAUCUGGCAUGCGCGGAGAUGAGGUUGAUUCUGGCGAAGCUACUUUUGGCUUUCGAUUUCAAAGCUAUUGAUGGGAAGCGACUACAGUGGGAGGACCUCCGUACGUUUUUGCUGGUCGAGAAACGGCCGUUGGAGGUCCGGGUGCGGCUGGCGGGUUAGGGCUGGCUGUCACUGUCGUGGGUCACUGUCGUGGGGGGGAUGGCUCUGAGCCGUUCAAUUGGCUAGGCUAGCUUGCUUGCAUGCCUG